UGAUUGAAUGGGGCAACAUGGUCAAAAGACCACAUGCCCUGCAUUUGCUCCUUCUUUGUGUUCUUACACGAGAGGGAACCCAUGUGGUCUUGAAAGAGCGAAACAAAUAGAAAUGUAUGUUUUUUUUAAGAAAUCGGCCGUGUCCAAAGUGACUGAAUUGCAGAGGAGCAAAUCAGUCAGCGAGCUCCCCCAAUUUGUCUCCCUCUUACCAAUACUGUAAUCUCCAGAACGUUUCCUUCGUUAAUGUUGUCUCUUGUGCUUCAAACUGACAGGAAAGGAAGCAUUUCCAACCCAGUAGAUAUGGCGGAUUGGCACGCACACUUUCAGAAUGAAGAUGAGGAGGAUCCAGAAGAAGCUGAGGAUAAUGAAGAGGAUAUUAGAUUCGCAGGAAGAGACAGUUUAAUUUUCCUCAUCGAUGCCUCAGAAGCCAUGUUUGAAACGAACAAUGAGGACACUUCGGCUUUCAACAUGACUGUUCAGUGUGUUCACAGGGUAUACACCAGUAAGAUUAUCAGCAGUGAACGUGAUCUCUUGGCUGUCGUCUUCUUCGGGACUCAGAAGCACAAGAACUCUGUAGACUUCAAGCAUGUUUACGUCCUCCAUGACUUGGACACACCAGGUGCUAAGCGAGUGUUGGAACUGGACCAGUUCGAGGGAGAGAAAGGGAAGCGUUCCUUCAAGGAUCAGAUCGGACACAGCACGGACGGCUCACUGGCUGACGCUCUCUGGGUCUGCUCCAACCUCUUCAGUGAUGUCCACCUCAAACUGAGCCACAAGCGCAUCAUGCUGUUCACCAAUAACGACAACCCCCAUGCCAAAGACAGCUCCAAAGCACGAAUGGCCCGGACCAAGGCCAGCGACCUCCGAGAGACAGGCAUCAUCCUGGACCUGAUGCAUCUCAGGAAACCCGGUGGGUUCGACACAUCCCUCUUCUACCGUGACAUUGUCAGCGUCACAGAGGAUGAGGACGGCGCCGCACAAGGCAGGGAAUCGGCCAAGUUGGACGAUCUGCUGCGGAAAGUGUGGGCCAAGGACUACAAGAAAAAGGCCACCACCAGGCUGAACCUGAAACUGGGAGAAGGCAUGGAGCUUUCCGUCGGAGUUUACAACCUGAUCCGGAGUGCCAGGAAGCCCACGGCGAUCCGCCUUUACCGAGAGACUAACGAGCCGGUCAAAACCAAAACCCGCUGGUUUAACGGGGAGACAGGCAGCUUGCUCCUGCCCAGUGACACCAAAAAGGCCCAGGUUUACGGACGCAGGCAGAUUGUUCUGGAGAAAGAGGAAAUAGAGGAGUUGAUGAGGUUUGAUGCUCCAGGCUUGGUCCUCAUUGGUUUCAAGCCACUGUCUCUGUUAAAGCAGCACCAUUACAUCAGAACAUCCCAAUUCAUUUACCCAGAGGAGACGAUGAUAACAGGAAGCAGUACAUUAUUCAGUGCGCUGCUCACCAAGUGCCUGGAGAAGGAAGUGUUCGCUGUUGCCCGGUACAUUCCCCGGAGGAACACCCCACCCCGGUUCGUGGCACUGGUCCCACAAGGGGAGCAGCUGGACGAUGAGAAGGUGCAGACCAUCCCUCCAGGAUUCCACCUCAUGUUCCUGCCUUACGCUGACGAUAAGAGGAAGGUGGAUUUUACGGAGAAGACGGUGGCCAAUGAGGAUCAGAUCGAGAAGAUGAAGCAAGUGGUGCAGAAACUCCGGUUUAAAUACAGGCCCGAGAGCUUUGAGAAUCCAGUCAUUCAGAAGCACUUCCGUAAUCUGGAGGCUUUGGCACUCGACUUAAAGGAGCCAGAAGAAAUGGAAGACUUGACACUGCCAAAGAUUGAUAUGAUAGACAAGAGGAUUGGGCAGCUGGCCGAGGAGUUCAGGGAUCUGGUCUACCCUCCGGACUAUAACCCAGACGCAAAGAGCCAUAUGAAGAGGAAGCUCGGCAGUGCUGCAGGGGGAGCGGAGAAGAAGCCAAAGCUGAUGGAGUCCAUGGGGACGGAUGAGAUCAGGCAGCACGUACAGAGCGGGACCCUGGGAAAGCUGACGGUGCCGGUACUCAAGGAGGUCUGUAAGCAGUACGGUCUGAAAGGCGGCGGCAAAAAGCAAGAGCUGAUCGAUGCUAUCACCGGUCACUUCACUGAGCAUUGACCGAAGCGACAAGAUGGGGGUGGGGGGGUGGGAGCAGGGGACAUGUAUCUGCAGCAGCGACGCUCUCAGGUUGAUUUAGCGGGGUGGGGGCGCAGUUGGUGCAGGCUGUGCCAUCUUCGUAACUGAGGUAUCGCAAUCAUGGAGAUGGCACACCCCCCUCCCCCAGCCCUUGCAGCGGCCUGUAUCCCGGUCCAAAUCCGACAGAACCGAGGCCCUCUCUGGCUCCAGCAAUCCGAACCUUCUCGUCGUCGUGGGAAUGUCCCGGCUUCUCUGCUGAGCUCUCCCGGGCGAGAAAGUUUAAAAGGAUUAAACUACCCCACACAAGAUAUUUUUGUACCUCCUCAAAUUUUUCACAAGAUCCCUUUUAUAUUUAACGUUGUACCAAGUGCUUAAAACUUACAUUUAGGGACAUGAUGGGAAAUUGCUGAACUCUGUCCCCCUCCCUGUUGUUUAUAUGAAGGAUGCAGGGACAAGUGAAAUUAGUCACAUCUGUGCGCUACUGAUUAAUGACCAACUACAACUGCUCAUGCCCAAUGCAGUGAACUUUGGCCGCUCUCUUCAAAAGCGCUAGUUAAGAUACACUUGUAGUUCUAGUAAACAGAGUUUUAGUGUGGAUUGAGGGAGACACAGACAGACACAGUUCAGUGGAACAGCCCCGCCUCACGUGAACCUAAACCAGGCUUAACAAAAAUAUACUUUAAUCGGGUGAUUUGGAGACCUCGCUUUAACUGGCUGCAGGACUGAGACUCUUCUGAUGGGAGGGGGUGAACCUCUGGGUGACUCUCCCCACCUUUAGCAGCAUCGUAACAGGAACACGAAUGAAAAUGCUGGUAAUGCUGAGCAAUUAAGGCAACAUCAAGGUCUCGGAGGUCAGUACCAGGGUCAGCCCAUUCAGUCUGAUCUCCGUAAGAGCAGCCAGGGUUAAUCUGAGGAUAAGAAUUCACUGGGAAAUUGUAACACAAACCAUCUCAUAUCCCUCUUAUUCAGCACACACCUAACCUCCCAUCCUUUAUUUUGGGUAUCUGUAUUUUUGAUAGGGAGCAUUUUAUUGCCCGUGUUGUUAAGUUUCCAUCUGUUUUUCUUUUGGAAACACUACAAUUUUCUCCCAUCCUCCCUCACAGACCCCAGCAGCUCCCUCAGACAGCCCCGCAUCUCCCUCAGACAGCCCGGCAUCUCCCUCAGACAGCCCCGCAUCUCCCUCAGACAUCCCAGCAUCUCCCUCAGACAACCCAGCAGCACCCUCAGAGACCCCAGCAGCUCCCUCGGCGACCCCGGCAGACACCCCAGCAGCUCCCUCAGACACUCCAGUAGCUCCCUCAGAGACCCCAGCAGCUCCCUCAGACAGCUCCGCAUCUCUCUCAGACAGCUCCGCAACUCCUCCUAGAGUUAGCCACAGCUCCGUCAGAACUCUCACACCACCAGCCACAGUGCACCACUGCCACUCCCUUGGAGUUCCAUGAUUGCGCCGUUGUAGUUCUGCAGGACUGGUGUUCACCUCCCAUACACACAGCACGACAACGCAGCCACCUGAGAUUCUACUGAAGUACUGUCCUGCUUCUCAAUAUGGAAUCUUCAAUUUUGUUUGUUUUUCUAAAUUAACUUUUCCUUUAAAGCGUUGGUAUACAGAUUAGGAUCUAAGACUUGAGAAUGUGGAGAAAUGAAAGUCAUUCAAUAUUGGGGAUGGAUUUUUGUAAAAUAAAAUUAAAUCUAAUUUUGCCCAUUCUUGAAAUCCUUUCUGCUUUUCUGUCACAGAUGGUUUGGGGAUUUUAAUUUUUACUCUGCUUCACUUUCUCUAAGCUGGUUUCAGCGCUUGAGUGUAAGGGUUAAAUUCAGCCCAGCGUCAUUCCUUAAAGCUUCUUACCCGAUAUAAGAAGCGCUGAGGGAGUGGUUGAGGAUUGGUGUAUACUGGAAUUGAAAACUACAGAUAAGUGCCAAUGAAACAGGCUGACAAUUGUCAUACUGAUCAAGGUGCUGCCAAAGAGGCUUCAGUCGGUCAGUUUUGUAGUUGGGACUGCUUUCCAGCCCUCUUGUUUGUUACUUUAAUUCGGCGGGUCGGUGUGGACUUGUUGGGCCGAACGGCCUGUUUCCAUAUGAAAUGGAUUCUAAUUCGAAUAUCAGAUUUUUUUCUUACCUGGUCUGGCCUACAUGUGACUCCAGACCCACAGCAGUGUGGUUGACUCAUAACCACUCGCUGGGUAAUUAGCAAGAAAUGUUGGGUUAGCCAGCAACGCCCACAUCCUGUGAAUGCAUGAAAAAAACACUAAACAAAAUCCUGGACUGGAGUUAUACAGCACAGAAACAGACCCUUCGGUUUAUCCAGUCCACACCAAACGCAGUCCCGUUGCACCUGCCACAGUGUGUUUAUCAGCAAAAGAAUGGAGAGUCAACUCUUAAUAAAGAAUACUACUUAUUUGUUUAA